GCCCUGAUUUGAUAGGGGGCGCAGCUACUAGCUUUGCAGAACAUUUCCUGCUCGGAUUGCUGUCAGCCGGAUCAGGACUGUAAAGAAUAGGAGACCGACUUGGAGUGGAAGGAAAUCCAGACAACAUGAAGCUCAUUGCAGUAGUUUUAUUAGUAUCAAUUGUUGGAGCAAUGGCUCAAAACCCUAACUUGACUGAUGUUCAGGAUCGUUUUGAAUCAUCUAUAGCCAUGCAAUCAAGACAAAACCAUUUCUUUUGUCUAGAAAGAACAACAACUGAUAUGGGUAUGGUAGAAUACACCAGUUUUGAGCAGGACAGUUCGGCUGUAUGGACACUCUAUGUCCAGAUGCCACUCUUGGGCUAUCUUGAUGUUAGCAGGAAGGGAGCACUCAUGGAUAUAGUUUCAACACUUGCUAGUAUCAACUCAGACAAUCUGUGCAUUGGUACUUAUGAGGUGACUGAUAUUUCUACAUUCAGGGAAAGUAUUCUAAUUCACAUUUAUGGUGAUAGCAAUCGACUGGCUGUCAAUGAUAUUGUCAAUAACUUUGAUGCUAGAGUUCGAGCUGCUUUAAACAAUGCUAACGAUAUGAGUGUGAUUAAUUAUCCCUCUCAGGCUGGCAUAAUUACGUUCAAUUUGACUGCUUCUUCUCGGUUUGAGAAUCCACUUUAUGCUGGUGAUCAAUCCAGUGAUGGAGCAGUUCCUAUUAAUCUUGCUGUAUACCUUGGAAGCUAUGCAGGUAACUUGACUUUUGGUACACCAGUCAACAAUGUCUCCUCUUCGUUUGGAAGCAACACCAUCAAUACUCUUGCUAGCAAUCCUAAUCCAAUCAACUAUGGUCUUGAAGCAGGUGAUAUAGCUUUUGCUGUCAUUGGGUCUAUCCUCCUGACGGUGGUAAUGUUCCUGAUAAUUCUGGGAUACUUUAUUCACCCCUUCUUCCUUGCAUAAUCAAGCAAAUCAGCCAAAGAGUAUUUUAUAAUUAGUUGCUGCUUGAAAGCAAAUAAACUCGUAUAUCUUUUUAAUAGAUGUUAACCUGAAUGUUAUUGAUUUUAAAUCUUUUUUUUUAUUUCUUUCUUUCUCUCUCUUGUUUUUUCUCUCUUUGUUUCUCAGUUUGUAUUUUUGUGGUAGCUAUUUUACAAUGAUGUAAAAAAUAAA